AUGCAAUCAGCUGUUGCCACAGACAAAGACAUUGGGGAUAUCAGAUCGCCAAUCGACAUUGAUAAGUUAUGCAAAUUCUUAUCGGGUUGUUCCAAUUUGAGUUCUAAUCCCAAAAUCCAUCUUGGUCCUUUGAGCUCAUUAUCUAUUUCUCUUCCUGUUAAGAUUAAUCAAUUUAAAUAUGGUCAAUCCAAUCCCACAUACUACAUCCAAGACGCAAACCAUAACAAAUAUAUCCUCCGUCGAAAACCUUCUGCCAACUCCAAGUUAUUAUCCAGAAAAGCUCAUAAUAUCGAACGAGAAUUCUGGAUUGCAUACGAUAUUGCGAAUUUAAACAUUACUGAGAACUUUUCCAUUCCUGUGGCCAUGCCUUUGGUACUAGUAGAGGAUGAACAGUGUUUAGGUAUGGUUUUCUAUAUUUCUGAGUUUGUCGAAGGUUUUAUAUUUCAUGAUCCUUCGAUGCCAACAUUGACGAACUUUGAAAGAGAUAAGUGUUGGGAAAGUGUGGUUCAAGUUGCUUCACAAAUUCAUCAAGUACCGGUAAGUGGAUUGGUCCAUUGUUUCCCUCAAAGGGGAAAAGCGCCAAAAGGAAAUUUGAAUUAUUUCCAAAGACAGAUCAAAUCCUUGGCGGCAAUUCAUAAAUUUCAAUCUUCUCAAUCCAACACCCCUCCAAUAUACGGUUUUGGAAAACUUUGUGACCUCUUAUCUCACAAUUGUCCUCCCGAUCCUCAAUUGCCGGUGUUAAUUCAUGGAGAUUUCAAGAUCGAUAACUUUAUCUUUGAUUUACAAACCUAUAGGAUUAUUGCGGUAUUGGAUUGGGAAUUAUGUACCAUUGGUAAUCCGAUAUUCGAUUUAGCCAACGCUUUGCAAAACUACUAUUUUCCAAGGGCCUUCAAUUCUCAUUUCUUGGGUAUAGAUUUGUCACCAGACCCCAAAUUUGUAAAUUUAGUGUUGCAGAAAUAUUAUCAGAUUGUGUGCAAUCUCUGGCCUAGUAAUUCAAUCACCAAGGACGAUGGUAACUUAUUCCUAUGGAUAACUCAGCCAAGAAUGACUACUAACGAAGAAUUGAAUCACAUCAAUAAUGGAUCUUCAUCUUUUAACACCUACAAAGAUAUCAUUGGUAGUUUUUACGAUUCUCCAUUGGAGUCCUCCAGUGUUUUGUUCAAGUACUGGAUCUCAGCCAAGGCGUUUUCUUGUUUUAGACUAUCAGUGAUUAUUCAAGGAAUUCAUGCUAGAGUGAUUAAUGGCACAAAUAGUAGUGGUUUUGCCGAGAAGUUUUCGGGAUCAUAUGGCGCUUAUUCAAAAUUGGGGUUAUCAUUGAUGGAUGCUGGGAUUGACGAGGGUUGCCUCGGUACCGGUACCGAAAAGGAAAAAAUUGAUUUCAACCCUAAAUUGUGA